AUGACGAGUGUGCCAUCACUUGUCGCGCUCGUCCUGUUGGCGCUGGGCGCGGUUUUGGCUGACAAUUCCGAUUUCAGCUUCGAUCAGACGUUGAGCGACGAAGGCCGCUCGUUUAAAAUGAAAAAGAUCAAAUCGUCGCACAAGUCGAAGCUGCACGCGAUCGGUAAUUGCCCGACGAGCCCCGAGUCGCUUCCCAUCAUCAACGGUAUUCUUACCUGCUCGUCCAAAAGCGAGUGCAAGGCCAAGUGUAUCGAGGGCUACCGAUUUCCCAACGGAGAACUCGAGCUCGCGAUCACUUGCCACAACAGAGCCUGGAAAAUUCACGGGAGAAACUACGAUUCGGCCGCUCCCCACUGCGAGCCUAUCUGUUUGCCGGAAUGCCACAACAGCGGGAUCUGCGUCGCGCCUAACCAAUGCGACUGUCCGGAAAACUUCUCAGGACCCCAGUGCCAGUUCGAGAACAAACCGUGCCUCAAUCGCCCACCCAUGUCCAAAAAUGCUCAGAGAAAGUGCAACUCCAAAACCUGCACCAUCACCUGCUUGAGCAACUUUGUCUUCCCCGACGGCUCGUCAGUGGCGAACCUCAUAUGCAAACACGGAAACUGGGAGCCCACUCGAAGCGACUGGGUCGCCGUACCGGAUUGUCAACCUGUUUGCAAUCCACCUUGCGAGAACGAAGGGGUUUGCCUGUCCCUGAACGUGUGCCAGUGCCCGCGAGGUUUUCGCGGCGACCAGUGCCAGUACCGGGAGGACGCGUGCUCGAGCGACAAGCUGGGCUUCAACGGGGCGUACGUGUGCAGCAACCCCGACGGGAUGAGUUUCGCCUGUAGCCUGUCCUGCCCGGCUGGCAUCGAGUUUGAGUUCGCCCCGGCGCCAAAAUACGUCUGCAGUUACGCGACCGGCCGGUACGAGCCGCAACCGAUACCGCAAUGCGUCCCGCCGGCCGGCGUCCGCCUGGUCUCCCAGGGCUCGUACCAGAGCACCUCUUACGUCCACCACGCGAGAAACGAGUCGUGGGCGUCGAUCGACGAGUCAACCACCGGCCACGGGAAAAAAAUGGCCAACACCAGUGGCUCAUCGUAUCAACGGGAAUUCAACUACGGAUCAUUGUCCGGCAGAAACGGCUCGCUGAGUAGCGACGGGAGGGGCAUCAUCGGCUACUCGCAAAAACACGGUACCAUGACCAACAACAACAACAACAACAACAACGUGACCAUAAUCAAUGAAAUCGAGGGAGCCACUGCUGGGAUGAGGAUCAAACCGACCCCCGGCACCUGCUUCACCUGGGCCGGCACGCACUACAAGACCUUCGAUGGCCAGGUCUACAGCUUCGAGAGCCGUUGCGCCUACACUCUGCUCAAGGACACCCGGGACGGCCUUUUCACGGUGGCGGUGCAGAACGAGCCGAGCUGCAACAGCUACUACAAUUGCCACCGACUGGUGCGCAUCUUCGUCCAGGGUAAGGAGUACACGCUCACCCGGGGCAAGACCGGCCUGCCCGAGUUCCGGGCGGGUGGCAAGCCACUGGCCGUCCCGUCGCAGUUGACCAACUUGCGAGUCGAGGCGGCCACCGGCAAUCGGCUCGUCGUCUCGCUCGACCCCGUCGGCCUCCUCGUCAAGUGGGACGGCGCGGGCCUCGUCCAGCUCGAGGCGAGCGAGUCCCUCUGGAACAGAACGGACGGCCUCUGCGGCAGCAUGAACGGCGACAGGAGCGACGACUUGGCCGGCAUCAGGAGCAGCCCCGCGCACGUGACCACCGCGUGGCGACUCGAGGACAUCGGGGAGAACUGCGAGGAGUACAUCCAACGCGACGGCUCGUGCCGCGAGGAAGAGCACGAGCGCGAAGCCAGGGAGUUUUGCGCCCAAUUGUUGUCGGACGGGCGUUACAGGGGCUGCGCCGAGUUUGUCGAUUUCGCGGGAAUCGAGGCCGCCUGCCGGUGGGGCUACUGUGCCAGCCUGAACGCCACCGGUACCACAGCCACCAAGGGGAGAUACGCGUGCGACACAAUGAGCGUUUAUUUGCGCCAGUGCGAGCACAAGGGCCUCGUGCGCGCGACCGGCUGGAGAAACGAGAGCUUUUGCCCGAUGGAGUGCACGGGCGGCAAGGUUUACUCAGCCUGUGGACCGCGAUCCCAACCGAUCUGCGGAGCUGACCUGUCGUCGAGCGUCGAGGAGGCCACCUGCGAGGAGGGCUGCUUCUGCCCGACCGGUACCGUAAUGCACGGUGGCAACUGCAUACCGCUCGAGGAGUGCCCGUGCCCGUUGCGGGGCAAAUCCUUCGCCCCGGGGAGUAGCGUGCCAAAGGAUUGCAACAGUUGCACUUGCUUGGAGGGCCGAUGGCACUGCACCGAGAGCAAGUGCAGCGCGCGCUGCAGCGCCGUGGGCGAUCCCCAUUACACGACCUUCGACGGCAAACGGUACGACUUUAUGGGCCACUGCUCGUAUUACCUCGUCAAAGCCGACAAUUACAGCGUCGAGGCGGAAAACGCUGCUUGCCCCAGCGUCAUAUCCGAAAUGAUGGGCUUUUCUCGGGCUUACCAGGAGGGCGAGCCCUCGUGCACGCGAGCCGUGACCAUACGGCUGAACGGCGUGGCCAUCAAGCUCAAGCAGAACCGGCAGAUAUUGGUCAACGGGGAGGACGUCGGUAAAUUGCCGAUCACGGCCGGUGGAGCCAAGAUACGGAUCGUGAGCAGCAUCUUCGUCAGCGUCGAGCUGCCCAAUGGCAUCGAGGUCACCUGGGACGGCGUGUCUCGCGCCUACGUCAAUGCACCGGCACACUUUCGCGGGAAAACGAGGGGUCUCUGCGGGACGUUCACGGCAAAUCAGAAGGACGACUUUUUGACGCCCGACGGCGACGUGGAACAGUCGGCGGUGGCAUUCGCCAACAAGUGGAAGACCAACGAGCAGUGCGCCAACGUGGAAAAGGACUCGGAGCACCCGUGCGAUCGGAACCCCCAGAAGCGGGCCGCCGCCGAAAAGUACUGCGCCGUUUUGAAGAGGAAAUUGUUCUCACCUUGCCACUGGCACGUGGACCCGGAUCCGUUUUACCGCGACUGCCUGUACGACAUGUGCGCGUGCGAGGCCAAGGUCGAAGUGUGCCUGUGCCCGACGCUCUCGGCCUACGCCAAGGAUUGCGCCCAGCUCGGGGCCAUCCUCCAGUGGCGCCACGAGGUCCCGGAAUGCCAGAUCCACUGCCCGGGCGACCAGGAAUACCAGAUGUGCGGCAGCAGCUGCACCAGAUCAUGCGCCGACAUCUCCUUCAAUGGCCCGUGCAAGGAGGAAUGCGUUGAGGGCUGCAACUGUCCAAUCGGAUACACGCUCGACGUGAACGGCGAGUGCAUCCCCAUAGGACAGUGUCCCUGCAGCUACGCGGGCUUGGAGUUUUUGGCGGGCUACAAGGAAGUCAGACCGGGAAUCAAGACCCAAGAGACUUGCACCUGCGCAGCCGGCCUGUGGAACUGUCUUCCAGCGACGGUCGAGGAGAUUCGCGAUUAUCCGCCUGUAGAGCAAUUCAAGAGUUUGUGCAGCCCGUUCGAGCAUUACGAGGUGACGACUUGCGAGCCCGCCGAGCCACAGACCUGUCGCAACAUGCACCAACCGGUCAGCCACAGUCCGGCGAUUUGCCGGCCGGGCUGCGUCUGCAAGGCCGGCUACGUGCUGGAUCUGCCGAGCAAAAAGUGCGUCAGAAAGGAAGACUGUCCCUGUUACCACGGUGGCCAGAGCUACAACGAGGGAUCGGUCAUGCAGGAGGAGUGCAACACCUGCACCUGCCACGCCGGCAAGUGGAACUGUACCGACAUCCUCUGCCCCGGUGUCUGCUCGGUGUGGGGAGACUCGCACUACAAGAGCUUCGACGACCGGGUGUUUGAUUUCCAGGGCAUGUGCGACUACGUCCUGGCCAAGGGCUCGCUCAGCGAUUCCGAAACCUUCGAGGUGACGAUUCGCAACGUCGCCUGCGGCACGACUGGGGUCGCCUGUGUCAAAUCCGUCACGCUGACGGUGGGAAAGGCCCACCAACGCGAGAGCCUCACUUUGACCCGCGGCAAGAGCCUGACCGACGACACUUUCAAAGGCCUCGAGAGAAUAGCCGUCCGACGGGCCGGUCUAUUUAUUUUCGCCGACGUGCCGGAUUUGGGUCUGGUGCUGCAGUGGGACGAAGGUACUCGGGUUUACCUGCGACUCGACACAAAGUACAAGAGCCGAACUCGCGGCCUCUGCGGUGACUUUGACGACGACGCGGCCAAUGACUUCAAAACCCCGUCGGGGGGCCAGGAGGUCUCGGUCCGGCUGUUCGCCGAUUCCUGGAAACUGAGCGAGCUGUGCGCCGAGCCCCAGGAACACCAGCCCGACACCUGUGCCCGCCAUCCCGAGCGCAAGCUCUGGUCCACCCAGCGCUGUCGCAUCAUGAAAUCGGCCCUGUUCGAACCCUGUCACUCCGAAGUCGCGCCCGACGAGUACAUUGACCGGUGCACUCAGGACGUGUGCGGAUGCGACUCUGGUGGGGACUGCGAGUGCCUCUGCACGGCCAUCGCCGCUUACGCUCACGAGUGCAACGCCAGGGGCGUACCCAUCAAGUGGCGCAGCCAAAGCCUGUGCCCGUUGCAGUGCGACGAGUCGUGCUCCAAGUACUCGCCUUGCGUGUCGACCUGUCCACCCGAGACCUGCGACAACCUGGCCACUCGAUCGGACGGGCUGCACAUGUGCGACCGGGACACAUGCGUCGAGGGCUGCGCGUUCAAGGCCUGUCCCGAGGGCGAGGUCUACUCCAACGAGACCCGCGCCGAGUGCGUGCCACGCGCCACCUGCCAGACUCUGUGCCGGGUGAUCGACGGCAACAAGUUCUACGAGGGUGAUUUCGUUCGCGGUGACGAGUGCCACCAGUGCCACUGCAGUCGCGGCAAGGUCGUUUGCACGGGCAGCCCCUGCGGACCCAUCACCACCGAAACUCCAACGCAACUGUGAGAGCGCGAUCGAUCGGCUCGUUACAAUAAAUUAUCAUUAUCAUCGUUAUUCAUGUAGCGCCGUAAUCCCAUAAAUUUCAGGGAGCAGACCAUCAAGUGCAGGAGCGGAUGGACGAGGUGGUUCAACAGGGAUCGGCCGAAGAACGAGCCGGGGGUCAGGGGUGACGUCGAGGAGCUGCCGACGUCGAUCGAGAUGCUGGGCGAGGGCGACGACCGGCCGGCUUGCCAGAGAAGCAGGAUGGCCGACAUCCAGUGCCGGACAGCUGACACGAAGCUGUCUUACAAGGAGGUGGGCCUCAACGUGGACUGUAGCUUGGAAAAGGGCUUCGUUUGCCAGGCUUCGAAGGAGGAGAACGCAAACUGCCCGGACUUUGAGAUCAGAGUGCUCUGCUCUUGCGAGGACGUCCCGAGCACGACCCCGAGGUACGUGGACGAGUGUUCUCUGGAGGAGCGGUACCGCAGCGCGCCGGACGGCUGUUCUGAUUUUCUUCAGUGCGCCCAAAGCCCCACGGGCAACUCGUGGGUGCGCAAGACCUGCGGCCCCGGCACCAUGUUCAACCCGAACACGCAGAUUUGCGAUUUUCCCUUCAACGUCGUGGUCGUGCGGCCCGAGUGCGGGGAACACGUGAACGUGACAAAGGGUAAGGGUGUACUCGUCGACAAUUGCACGGACGGCGAGCGCUGGGACAACUGUGCCAUCAGAUGCAGCAAGACCUGCGAUUACUACAAGUACCAGUUGACGAUCAAAGGCAUCUGCAACAGGAUGAUAGACUGCGCGCCCGGCUGUGUGCCCCGAGACAGAGUCGACGGAGGAUGUUCGGGCGGAAACAGUUACUGGCGCGACGAGCACACGUGCGUCGACCGAUCCGACUGCACUUGCAAGUCCCCCGACGGGCAAUCCCUCGUACCGGGGAAAAUCUUUAAAAAAUCAAAAUUCGUGGCUUGCCAGUGCAUCAACAACUACCUCACUUGCACCGACUCGAGCGAAACUUUGACGCACGUCAACAUCACGACCUCGACGACCAAUGCCACGGAAAGCAAGGACGUCGGCAUAAACAUCGUCCCGACCACCGCGUCGCCGCCGCGGCCUGUUUGCGACGAGGGCCGCUACACGUGGUUGAUUGAAAAAAUACCGGACCAAGUCGCCUACAUGGCGAGCAGUUACGAGUUCCCCAGCGACGCGCCAAGCUCGGCGCGACUGCACCGCGUCAACGGCAUGCUCACCUGGCGGCCGGCGCCCGGCGACAAAAACCCCUGGCUCGAGGUGCGCUUGGAACAACCCGAGGUUAUUUACGGGGUGAUCGUCGGGGGCGACGUCAUCGAGGAGAGAUUCGUCACCGGCUACCAGGUGCUUUACUCGAACGAUGGCCAUUCGUACUCGUACGUGUUGGGAGACGAGGAUGGGUCGCCGCAGGUGUACCGGGGACCGGUAGACGCUGGCACAAUCGUCAGGCAGAUAUUCAAGCUACCGAUCGAGGCCAAGAUCGUAAGGAUCAGUCCGAUCAAUUGGCACAACGGCAUCGCCAUGCAGGUCGAGCUGGUCGGCUGCAUGGAUGUGGGUACGACGACGACUACUACGACCUCUCGACCAUUCACGACGACCAGCAUGUACACCGUGACUCCUGUUACUCCAGUAUGCGACGACCGGAUGGGUUACGACGACCGUAAAUUGCCGGAGCAGCAGGUGACGGUUUCCUCGUCUGGCUUGAACAACGUGGUCGCUUCCAACGUACGGCUCUCGUCGAUCGAGAUUUGGCGUCCGUCGUUGGACAAUCCCGACCAGUACGUGCAGUUCGAUUUCUUGGAGCCACGGAAUCUCACUGGCGUCGAGACGAAGGGUGGAAACGGCUUGUGGACGACUGCCUACAAGAUCUACUACGGCAGCAACGGCCGAAUCUGGAAUCCAGUAAUCGACGAGGACACUCACGCGGUCAAGGAGUUCCUCGGCAACGUCGACGACUACAGCAGCAAAACAAAUUACUUCCAGAGACCGAUCAAGGCAAGAUUCCUCAGAAUCUACCCGACCAAGUGGCACCAACACAUAGCCCUCAAAGCCGAGAUCCGGGGCUGCUACGAGCCUUAUCCCGAGGUCGAGCCAACCCCCACGACACCUCCAUCUACAUCGACGCCUCAUCCGUUGAGCUGCAAUGUUUGCAAAGGCGUGUUCCUCAAAGAUGAGGACAUCAGUUCCUGCAAGUGCGAACCACCUCUGUGGUGGGACGGUCGAUUCUGCGUCACGAAACAGGAGUGCCCUUGCCUCGUGGGCCACGUCACGUACCCGGUUGGCUCGAGCUACGAGACCCCGGACUGCCAGCACUGUCUCUGCGCUCUUGGUGGCCUGUCGGUCUGCCAGCCCAAGGUCUGCGAAAGCUGUACGAAUCCCUCGGAGCGAUCCGUUCUCACCGAGCUCUGCACCUGUCUCUGCAAACCCUGUCCGGCUGGCCAGAAACUCUGCCCAACGAGUGGCGACUGCGUCGAUGAGUCGCGCUGGUGCAACGGCGUCCAGGAUUGCCCUGACGAUGAAAGGGGCUGUCCUCAAGUCGAGACCACCCACGUCCAAACCAACAAGACUUACGUGACCACCGAGACUACCAUAGAGAUACAGUGCGUGACCUCUUGUCCUCCUGGUUACGAAAUGGAGUUCGACAACGUCAAAGAGUCCUACGGCAGUGGUUACCGCAAAAAAUACGUGAAAAAGACAGAAUCCAUUGAUGAAUCGUACACGAAAACGGUCUACAAAGUAAAGGUACCAGCGUCCGCGGUACAGCUCCAGAGUCGCUUCGGUGGCGACGAGGAUGACGCCAAGGCGUACUGUCCCAAAUUCAGUUGCCGACCGGUAAAAACCAACGACACAAAGGUGAAGAGUUGCAGCGAAGUCGCGUGCCCCGAGGGCUACGAGCCAAAGUAUGAUCGGUCAAAGAGCUUCAGCAAAAACAAAAUCUGCGACGACACUUGCGUGCCGAUUCCGAGGAAAAAGAAAGUCUGCAAGAUCAUCGGAAACACGUUCACCACGUUCGAUGAUCUGCAGUACAAGUACGAGACUUGCAACCACAUUUUGACGAGAGAUCGGGACGCCAACGAGUGGUACAUAAUCGUGGAAAAAGUCUGCGAGAGUCGGGAGAGCCUUGCUUGCUCGCGAGCGAUCGAAGUGACGUUCGGCGAGCACCGAGUACUGCUCCAUCCGGACAUGCACGCGACCAUCGACGGCAACAGGUACAGCCAGAGCGAAGUCAAGCGUCUGGGCGACAAGCACCCGGCCAUGGAACUGUCCCGCGUGGGCAACGCGCUUCGCUUGGAAUCCCGGCGCUACCCGUUCUGGGUUUUGCUCGGGUCCGACGGAAUCGUCAAGAUCGGCGUCUCCGAGGAACGCUACGGCCACGUGGACGGCAUGUGCGGCUUCUUCGACGGCGUCUCCACCAACGAUCAAACCACACCCGAGGGUAAACCAGCCAAGAGCAGCCAGGCGUUCGGGGACAGCUGGAAAGCCCAAGACAGCAACGAGUGCAAGCUGCAGGAGUGUCCACGCGAAACGCGCAACGAAGCCUGGAAAACGUGCACCCUACUGAGGGAUGACACCUUCAAAUCGUGCUCCAAGGCUGUCGACCGGGAAACGUUCGUGACCAGUUGCAUGCAGAACACCUGCGCGUGUCUGAGCAGCAAUGCGACCAGUCACGAGUGCCGUUGCCAGGCACUCUCGUCCUUCGUGACAAACUGCCUCGCGGCUGCCGACAGGAGUGUUGAUCUGUCGACCUGGCGAUCGGUCUACGAUUGCCCCUCCGUUUGUCAGCCACCCUUUGUUCACAAGGAUUGCUUCAGAAACAAAUGCGAAAUGAGCUGUGACAAUUUGCAAGAGCCCAAUCCGUGCCCGGCCAUGGAUGGUCUGUGCGUGCCUGGUUGUUUCUGCCCGGAUGGCUUGGUACGCUAUGGCGAGACCUGCCUGAGGCCAUCCGAGUGCCGUGACUGCAUGUGCUCUGGUCUCGGGAACUCCAAGUACAUUACCUUCGAUGAGACCAAUCUGCCCUUUGACGGCAACUGUACUUACUUACUCUCGAGGGACAGAGUUUUGACGGGAGACAACGACGGACACGCCUAUCAGGUCCUCGUCACCAACGGUGCGUGCAACUGGAGCUCAAACCAAUCAUCCCAGCUUGAUUUGGGUACUUGCACCGAGGCCAUCACCGUACUCUAUCAGUCGCACGUCGUACAAAUGAGAAGAGACAUCGAGACCAACCAGGUAAUGUCCUUCGUCGACGAAGUACAGGUCCACCCACGAUCCUACUCGUCGUCCUGGCUGAGCCUUCAAGAAACUCCCGAUCACGCGACGAGGCUCCUGAUACCUGGGGCCCAGCUGGAAUUGAUCAGUUACAAGCAAAACUUUGCCUUCACGCUUCGGGUGCCGUCUCACACAUUCGGCGGAAAAAUGGAGGGACUCUGCGGCGACUGCAACGGCCAACAGGAGGACGAUUUCCGAAAGCGCGACGGCAACGUCACCGACGACCCUCAAGAAUUCGGCGGCAGCUGGCUAAUGACGCAUCCCGAACUAUCCCCGUUACCGGCGUCCCUGAGACUUGUCGGUGGGGACGGGCAGUGCUCCAGCACGCCUGUAAAGAGCUGCGUCGACCAGCCGUCGGUGAACAACUAUUGCGAGCGAUUGCUGCUCGGCGAGCCGUUUGUCCGCUGCCACGGUGUCGUCGAUCCCACCCCCUACUACUUGGCUUGCAAGGACAGCCUAUGCGCGGGUGGCAACGGUUCCAUGGGAUGUCUAGAUUUCGAGGCGUACGCCAGAGUCUGCUCGUCCGAGGGCAUAUGCGUUGACUGGCGCACUCCCGAACUGUGUCCCUACCAAUGUCCAAGGCAUAUGGAAUAUCGAGCUUGCGAAUCAGGCUGUGCGCCGACGUGCGAGGCGUUGGCCAAUAAGGAAAAAUGCAUAGCUGUUAACUAUGGCGAGGGUUGCUACUGUAAGCCCGGCCAAGUAUGGCGCAACAACAAUUGCGUACCUGAACGUGAAUGCUACGUUUGCGACAACGAGGGACACAUGGAGGGUGACGUUUGGCGACCCAACAAGUGCACCGAGUGCUCGUGUCACAGGCCAAACAUCGUCAAGUGCCACGAGAUCAGCUGCUCCGCCAAGGAAACCGUCUGCGACCAGAGCUCGAGAGCCGUCGUUAUCCCCGGCACCAAGGACGAUUGCUGUCCCAAAUACACGUGCGUGUCAAUUCCAGUGGGUCCCGGUGAACCAUGCAUCGAGACGAUUCAGCCCGUGUGCGGCUACGCGCAAGUGUUGAAAAUCACGACCGACUCGAACGGCUGCCAAAAGUUCAUUUGCGAAUGUAUACCAGCGGAGGAUUGCGUCCAGAACAUCGACGCCCGACUGUCCGUAGACAAGUUGUUGGAACCAGGUUUCGUGAAAGUGACCGACACGUCGGGUUGUUGUCCCAGAACCACGACCGUGUGCAAACCCGAGCUCUGUCCCAAGCCUUCGGAGUGCCAGGAACACUACGUGCCGGUAGUGAAGAAGACCACGGAUUCGUGCUGUGCCAAGAUCGAGUGCGAACCACCGGCAGACAUGUGCAUCUACCAUCCGAACAUGACCAACGAUUUCAACUUCCAGCCCGACUCGGUGGCCAAGAAAAUUGGCGAGUCGUGGACGGACGGCAAGUGCGUGACUUGCACGUGCGAGCUACAGAAUGGCUCGCCAGCCCCCAAAUGUCAUAAAACAAAGUGCCUCGAGAACCACGAGCACCCGGACGCUAACGAUUUUGUCCUCAAGGAGGUCCCACAGGACGACCAGUGCUGCCCGAACUUUGAGAGGAUUGCGUGCAAGCAGGGCCAACUUGUUUUCAAGAAGGGAGAUCACUGGCACCCGGAUCCCAAAGACGUGUGUACAACGGCAACCUGCAUGGACUUUGACGGGACUCUGAUGAAGAGCAUGCUCGUGCAGAACUGCACAACGAAUUGCGAUUUGGGCUACGAGUACCAAUUGACCCUGGACAAACCCAACUCUUGCUGCGGGGAGUGCGUGCCUGUGGCUUGCGUCGUCAACGGACAGCUCAAGAGCGUCGGCCAAACUUGGCAAUCGGAGGACUACUGUGUCAACAGUACCUGCAUCCUGACCAAUGGAAUGUUGAACGUGCACUCGACGGAAGAAACGUGCGAGAGAAUCGGCAAGACGGAGGAUUAUAAAAUCGAGGAGAGAAAAAUCCCCGGAAAGUGCUGUCCCGUCAUCGUGAAAACAGCCUGCCACGUCAACGGGAAAUAUUAUGAGCCGGGAGACAAAUGGACCUCCGAAUUAGAUUCCUGCGUGACUGAAUCUUGCGUUCAAACGCCAGAUGGGGACCUCGUCAAGCAAAAAGAAACACAGACUUGCAAUACCGAUUGCCCGAGGGGAUGGGAAUAUCAGCAACCUAUGCAGGGUAACUGCUGUGGAGAAUGCAAGCAAGUCUUUUGCAUCCUUGAUGAGUCUCUGUACGAACCGGGUAAGGUUUGGUACUCGCCCGACAAUUGCACGACCUACUCGUGCGUUCAACAGGACGAUCAGCUGCUCAUUAGCACAAGCUCGAAAAUGUGUCCCGAGCUCAAUUGCCCUCUGGAAUUUGUUUACGAUGAUGGCUGUUGUAAAAUGUGCAAUCCGCUUGUCAACAACCAAAUCGUAAAAGACUGUGCAGCCGUGGUUGCCGAUUUCGAAAACACGGUCGGAAUAAUCGUUGAGAAAAGCAUAUUUCACGGUGUAUGCAAAAAUUUGAAACCGGUCGAAGGUCUAAGUGAAUGCCGAGGGCACUGCAAUUCUUCAACGCAUUUCGAUACUACACAAUGGAAUCAAGUCAUUGAUUGCAAAUGUUGUCACCCAGAGAAUUAUACAAAAAUAUUUGUAGAAUUAACGUGUGAAAACGGAAAAACAUACGAAAAGUCCCUUACUGUGCCAACAACUUGCUCUUGCGAAAAAUGUUCGUCUGAUGAAGAUAAGAGCCUUUUGAGACCUAUAAAGAAGAGCAUAACGGAUCUAUUUCACAAGUAUCGAGACACGUCUGAAAAUGAGAAUGAAAAGAAAAGUACAUAAUACAGACUAAAACUAACAUAAGUUAAAGAACAAAAAAGUAUAAGUUUAA